GAUGGUCCUUCUUGGAGAAGUCAUAAUUCUGGAUGGGAGGUCUGUGAAAAUUGAAGUGGAAAUGUUUUAACUAUGAUCACAUGGCAUCAGGAGCCAUUUUAACACACAUGAUGGUAAAAACAGUCAGUGUGGAUGAAGAUUCCUCGCAAUCCUCACACAGUGAAUGUCAGGUGUUGGUUAAAUUGUUGGGUAGCUACCUGUUUCUAAUCAGAUACCCGCUGGUCCGUGAUGCUCCUGCACCCCAAUCAAAUCUUCAACUGUGAUUUAAAUAGAAGGAAAAUAUAUAGUGUAUUAUAAUUAUUAGUAGUAUUUGUUUACAUUUUUGACAGAGACAAUAUGGCAUAACAUUAUUAACAUAUUUCUUUACUUUUUGCUUCCUCUUUGUCUUCAAAAGAUGGUGAGUGAACAUCCGCGUCUUAUCAAAAAUCCUCUCUUUACAGUUCUUGCUAUAGAAAGCAGUUCAAUAUCUGUUUAUUCUAUUACGCUAUCCCUCGUCAUCCUUUGGUUCAGCUUCUCCUCUUCAUUCCUCUGUUUAUUAGAGUAUGUAGAUGCUGAGUUGGAGCUGUCUAUGGUGAGACACCAACCUGAAGGUCUGGAGAAACUUCAAGAUCAAACGAAAUUCACCAGGAAGGAGCUUCAGUCGCUCUACAGAGGCUUCAAAAACGAGUGCCCCAGUGGAUUAGUCGAUGAGGAAACCUUUAAGGUUAUUUAUUCCCAAUUCUUCCCUCAAGGAGAUGCGACCACAUACGCACAUUUUCUGUUCAACGCCUUUGAUAUGGAUCGAAAUGGUUCUAUACAGUUUGAAGACUUUGUAAUUGGACUGUCCGUGUUGCUGCGAGGUUCAGUAACAGAGAAACUUCACUGGGCGUUUAACUUGUACGACAUUAAUAAAGACGGACACAUCACCAAAGAGGAAAUGUUAGCCAUCAUAAAGUCCAUCUACGACAUGAUGGGUCGAUACACAUAUCCCAGUGUGAAGGCAGAGGCACCAUUUGACCAUGUGGAGAAAUUUUUCCAGAAAAUGGACAGGAACAGAGACGGAGUCGUGACCCUCGACGAGUUCAUCGAGACGUGUCAAAAGGACGAGAGCAUUAUGUCUUCCAUGCAGCUGUUUGAGAACGUUAUCUAAAGCAGUGAAGAGCUCAGCAUGAGAAAUCAGUUGUCCAUGAGGAGCGUGAUGAUAUAUCAGUGUAAUAAUUAUUCCAUACCAGUGUAGAAAAUUAAUCUGAUUCCUAAUAGGUGUAAAUGAGAGACAGUGAUAUUGCCACAUUUCCGCAGUCAACAGGGUUCCUGCUUUAGUAAAAAUCAGUGACAGGCAACAAUUAGGAAUUUCCUGCACAUGUUCCUAACGCAGAGAUGUGAUCUCAGUAGAUGCAAAAAGGAAAAUAAGGAACAUUUUAAUUCAUUCUUAACCGCUUCAUCAUUCUCAACCGCUUCAAAAGCGACCAACUAAGCUUAUGAGAAAAUAGUGCUAGCAGGUACAAACACAAAUAAUAUCUCUAGGCAUGGUUUAUCAGAAUUCCUUCAGGAGCUGGAGGGAUUAGUCAGUAUCCCUUCAUGUGCAGGCACGGAAGAGGGCGGGAUUAGUCAGAAUGUCCACCGAAGCAGAGGGAAAUAGUCUGAAUUUCUUUAAGUGUGGAUGGGAUUAAAUAGAAGUUCCUGACUAGUGACAUUUGUCAGAAUUCCUUUAGGAGCAGAAAGGAUUGAUCAGAAUUCCUUUAGGAGCAGAAAGGAUUGAUCAGAAUUCCUUUAGGAGCAGGAAGGAUUGAUCAGAAUUCCUUUAGGAGCAUGCAGGACUGGUCAGAAUUCCUUUAAGAGCAGGCAUAACAGAUCAGAAUUCAUUUAAGAGCAGGCAGAAUAGAUCAGAAUUCCUUUAAGAGCAGGCAGAAUAGAUCAGAAUUCCUUUAAGAGCAGGCAGAAUAGAUCAGAAUUCCUUUAAGAGCAGGCAGAAUAGAUCAGAAUUCCUUUAAGAGCAGGCAGAAUAGAUCAGAGUUCCUCUUAAGAUUGCGUGGGAUUGAUCUGAAUUCCGAAUUCCUUUUGGAUCAGGCAGGAUUGAUCAGAAUUCCUUUAGGAGCAGGCAGGAUUCAUCAGAAUUUCUUUUAAGAGUGGGUGGGAUUGAACAGAAAUCCUUCAGGAGCUGGAGGGAUUAGUCAGUAUCCUAUCAGAUGUGGACACAGAAGUGGGUAGGAUUAGUUAGAAUUCCUUUAGGAAUGAGCAGGAAUGGUUGCAAUGUCCAGAAGUGCAGAGAGUCUGAAUUUCUUCAGGUGUGGAUGGGAUUAGUCAGAAUUCCUGACUAGUGGGAUGGGUCAGAAUUCUUUUGGGAAGGGGGCAGGAUUGGUCUGAAUUCCUUUAGGAGUGGGAGGGAUUAAUCAGAAUCCCUUUUGAGCUUGGGUGGGAUUGAUCAGAAUUUCAUUUGAGAUUGGGUGGGAUUGAUCAGGAUUUCGUUUGAUAUUGGGUGGGAUUGAUCAGAAUUUCGUUCGAGAUUGGGUGGGAUUAGUCAGAAUCCCUUUUGAGAUUGGGUGGGAUUAGUCAGAAUCCCUUUUGAGAUUGGGUGGGAUUGAUUAGAAUUCCUUUUGAGAUUGGGUGGCACUGAUCAGAAUUGUGUUUGAGAUUGGGUGGCACUGAUCAGAAUUCCGUUUGAGAUUGGGUGGGAUUGAUCAGAAUUCCGUUUGAGAUUGGGUGGGAUUGAUCAGAAUUCCGUUUGAGAUUGGGUGGGAUUGAUCAGAAUUCCGUUUGAGAUUGGGUGGGAUUGAUCAGAAUUCCGUUUGAGAUUGGGUGGGACUGAUCAGAAUUAUGUUUGAGAUUGGGUGGGAUUGAUCAGAAUUCCUUUUGAGAUUGGGUGGGAUUGAUUAGAAUUCCUUUUGAGAUUGGGAGGGAUUGAUCAGAAUUCCGUUUGAGAUUGGGUGGGAUUGAUCAGAAUUAUGUUUGAGAUUGGGUGGGACUGAUCAGAAUUAUGUUUGAGAUUGGGUGGGAUUGAUCAGAAUUCCGUUUGAGAUUGGGUGGGAUUGAUCAGAAUUCCGUUUGAGAUUGGGUGGGAUUGAUCAGAAUUGCGUUUGAGAUUGGGUGGGAUUGAUCAGAAUUGCGUUUGAGAUUGGGUGGGACUGAUCAGAAUUUUGUUUGAGAUUGGGUGGGAUUGAUCAGAAUUGCGUUUGAGAUUGGGAGGGAUUGAUCAGAAUUCCGUUUGAGAUUGGGUGGGAUUGAUCAGAAUUAUGUUUGAGAUUGGGUGGGACUGAUCAGAAUUAUGUUUGAGAUUGGGUGGGAUUGAUUAGAAUUCCUUUUGAGAUUGGGUGGGAUUGAUUAGAAUUCCUUUUGAGAUUGGAUGGGAUUGAUCAGAAUUGCAUUUGAGAUUGGGUGGGAUUGAUCAGAAUUCCGUUUGAGAUUGGGUGGGAUUGAUCAGAAUUCCUUUUGAGAUUGGGUGGGAUUGAUUAGAAUUCCUUUUGAGAUUGGGUGGGAUUGAUUAGAAUUCCUUUUGAGAUUGGAUGGGAUUGAUCAGAAUUGCGUUUGAGAUUGGGUGGGAUUGAUUAGAAUUCCUUUUGAGAUUGGGUGGGAUUGAUCAGAAUUGCGUUUGAGAUUGGGUGGGAUUGAUCAGAAUUGCGUUUGAGAUUGGGUGGGAUUGAUCAGAAUUGCGUUUGAGAUUGGGUAGGAUUGAUCAGAAUUGCGUUUGAGAUUGGGUGGGACUGAUCAGAAUUUUGUUUGAGAUUGGGUGGGAUUGAUCAGAAUUUUGUUUGAGAUUGGGUGGGAUUGAUCAGAAUUGCGUUUGAGAUUGGGUGGGAUUGAUUAGAAUUCCUUUUGAGAUUGGGAGGGAUUGAUCAGAAUUCCGUUUGAGAUUGGGUGGGAUUGAUCAGAAUUGCGUUUGAGAUUGGGUGGGACUGAUCAGAAUUAUGUUUGAGAUUGGGUGGGA